CAUUUGAUUUAUUAAUCAAUAAUCCUGAAAUCCACUAAUGGGAAAAUUUUGCAGCUUGAUAGCCUUUGCCACGAUUUUGGCAUUAGCCAAUUACUCCUUUUUGGCUAAUGCAAGAGACCCAGAUAUCCUGAAAGAUUUCUUAAUACCAAUAGGUAUUGACCCCAGCAACAUAACUAGCCAAUUCUUUACAUACACUGGUUUCAGACAAUUGGUAAAUGUCAAUAUAACAGGAAGAACUGCAGCCUUAGUAACAAAAGCAUCAAUGGUAGAAUUUCCUGCACUAGAAGGCCAGGGAGUAUCUGUUGCUGCACUUAUAUAUCCUCCUUCAGGAAUUAACCCACCUCAUGUUCAUCCAAGAGCAUCAGAGCUCCUGAUAGUAAUACAAGGUGUGCUUGAAGUUGGAAUUAUUGACUCGACAAACAAGCUGUACACACAAACCCUUCAGGUUCCUGACAUGUUUAUUUUCCCAAAAGGGCUAGUUCAUUAUCAGAUAAACACAAGAAGUGACUCUCCUGCUUAUGCUCUUGGGAUGUUUGGCAGUGCAAAUGCUGGUACUGUUUCACUGCCAAGCUCUGUUUUUGGGAGUGGUAUAAGUGCUGAAAUUCUUGCUGAGGCUUUCAAGACUGAUGUGGAGACCAUUUCCAAGCUUAUUGCAGCAAAUAACAUCACACUGAGUUAAUAUGGGAAGAUUACACCUUAACGCAUGAAUAAAAAGAAUUAUCUGUAACUUGAGUGUGGAACGUUGGAUGAUUGAUAUCAAUAAAUCAUGUUCAUCUAUUCACUUGAUGUAUAAGUAAAAGUAUAUAUCUAAAAUAAGUAUGUAUAUUUCAAAUAAAAAACAACAUAGUCUGUGAAAAUUUAGAUUUGCUCCA